AUGAAGAGAGAAAAUACAGUCACUGCACAUGUUAGAGAACUUCCUGGUAGAAUAACACGUGCUCGAGCUGCUUCACUUCAUACAUCUGGACAUAUUCCCCCACCUAAACCACCCUCACAACAGAGUCAGAAGCAGGCUUUGCGGACAAAUUCAAAGAGAGCUGCCACGGAUGAGAACAUUACAAACGCUACUGGUAAUGCAUGUAUCCAACGCAAGAGGAGGGCAGUACUUCAGGAUGCGACCAAUGCUUUCUGUAAACCUUCAUAUGCAAACUGCUUCAAUGCAACUAAAAUUAAGGCUAAGAACAAUAAGCCAACUAAAAAGGGUCAGGCAAAGCUGAUGGAAAUGGCCUCUUCCGUUGCUGGAGAUUCAAAAACCGAGGUUUUGGACGGAACAGUCAAGCUAGAACUUAAAUCAGACGAAUUUUGGUGUACAAUUAAUUUGGAAGAUGGCAACAGAUUUAUGAGGUCAACUAAGGAUGUGAAAGAUAUUAAUCAGUUGGAGAAUCAGAUUUCUGGAGUGGCUCCAAAAUUCCAAAGCCCUUCGUAUAAAGCAGAUAAUGGUAGUCUUUCAGCAGACAUGGUUACGUCAAGCAACCAGCCUAUUGUUAACAUUGAUGCGGAUUACAAGGAUCCUCUUUUGUGUAGCCUCUAUGCCCCUGAUAUCUAUAACCAUUCAAGUGUUGCAGAGCUUGACAGAAGGCGACAUGCCAGUUUUAUGGAAACAAUACAGCAAGAUAUCACCAAAAGUAUGAGGGGGAUUUUAAUCGAUUGGCUUGCGCGCUGUGUGUCUAAGGAAUAUAAGUUGGUCCCAGAUACACUUUACCUCACAGUUUAUCUCAUCGGUUCGUUUCUCUGUCACAAUUACAUUGAGAGCAACAGACUUCAAUUGCUUGGCAUCACUUGCUUGCUGAUCGCCUCGAAAUAUGAAGAGAUCUGUGCACCACGUGUUGAAGAGCUUUGUUUCAUGACAGACAACACUUACUCGAGAGAGCAGGUACUGAAAAUGGAGAGUCAAGUACUGAAGUAUUUUGGUUUUCAACUUUUUGCACCAACUACAAAAACGUUCCUCAGGAGAUUUCUUCAAGCAGCACAAGCUUCUUAUACGAGUCCUAGCCUUGAACUGGAGUACUUGGCCAAUUAUCUUGCUGAGCUAACUUUGGUUGACUACAGCUUCUUGAAUUUCCUUCCGUCUGUCAUUGCUGCAUCCGCAGUUUUUCUUUCCAAAUGGACCUUAGAUCAGUCUAGCCACCCAUGGAAUCCAAUACUCGAACACUAUACCUCUUACAAGCCAGUGGACUUGAAGAUCACAGUUCUUGCUUUGCAAGAACCACGGCUGAACACUAGCGGUUGUCCUCUGAGGGCCGUACGCAUGAAGUAUAGACAUCAAAAGUACAAAUCUGUGGUGGGUUUGUCAUCCCCGGAACUCCCUAAAAUGCUAUUUUGAAGAUGAUUUCAAGGGAGAGCUAACAGAGACUGACAUGUAUACUUUCUGGACAGAAGUUUCCUCGGGGUUUUUUCAAUCACUCCAUGAGG